AACCGUAAUAAAAUAAGAAAAACCACCGUUUCAUGCAAGCGACACACCCACCUGAAAAAGUCCAAAAACCCUGAUUUUGAUCGAUUUCCAUAACGCCAGGAGAAAAAGAAAAACUACUUUUGCUUCCAAAAACCCAGUUUUCCGCAACAACUUUUUGUUUUCUUUGUUUCCGAAAUUUCUCAUUCCUUCCUUCUUCUUCUUCUUCUUCUUCUGGAAUCCCCCAAAAUCUCCAUUCCCUGGAUCGCCAAAAAAUUUCCUUCCCGUUCUGAAAAAAAUAAAAAUAAAAAGAAAUGCGAUUUUUUUUCGGUUCAAUUGGUUCGGAAAACCCUAAAUUUUCCUGAGAAAUUAUUUUUUUUUUAUUCUGUUUUUUGUUUUUGUAAAUCGAGUGUUUUGUUUUUUUCUUUUGGAGUUUCUAGGGUUUUAUGGAUCAACAUGACAUGGCGAUCUCCAAGAGCUUGAAUUCAUGUCAGAUUCUGAACGGGCCGUCUCUAACCCACUCGGCGGGGUUCGAAAUCCGGCUGUUUUACGUUCGAAUUGUUCCCUGCGUGAUCGACAGCGUGCCGGACCAUCUCAUUCUACGUCACCUUCGCCGCGAGAUUGGAGUUUCGUUGGAAAUCAAUGGGUCCAGAAUACCAGCUUCGGAUUCGUCGGUUCUGACGCUCCGGCGGGACAGGGUCGAUAAGGAAUCGUCGGAGGUCACCUAUGUUAGUACCGAUACUGUUCGAGUCACUGGCGGUGUGGAAUUCGAGGUUUACGAGAAGGACGACUUGGUUCUCUGCGGUUCUUUGGAACAGAUGGAGACGAAUUGGGUGAAUGGGAAUGUUGUUCGGUUGGAGAACGAUUCGAAAACUGGGUGGAGCAUGGAUUGCUGUUUGGCUGCAUCCAUCGGUUCGGGUUCUUCCGCGUUUUUCCAGCCGAAAUUGGGGGUUUCUACGCCGUCCAUCGAGGUUUACAUCGCUGGGUGUUGCUCCGGUGUGCCGGUGAUUUUGACUAAGACGAUUCAGGUUAGUCCGAGGAGAAAGCCCACGAGACAUGCGACACUUGAUGCGAUUCCGGAGGAUGAAGAAAUUGGGAAAGAGCAGAAGACUGGUAAUGCCCUGAUUCGCCAACGGAAAGUUCAGAUCACAGAAUCUGAAGUUGAUGAUUAUGAGUCAGAUGAGAAGAUUGGACGUGGUUUCUACUCUGAAGACAUGUAUGCUGGUGAGGAUGGCCAGCUUUCUUGGUUUAAUGCUGGUGUUAGAGUUGGCGUUGGAAUUGGUCUUGGAAUGUGCCUUGGGAUAGGAAUUGGUGUCGGACUCCUUAUGCGUUCCUACCAAGCAACUACAAGGAAUUUCAGGAGGAGCCAGAAUCUUUUAUCCCCUGCUGCAAUGCCCCAGCGCAACAUCUCUGCGCCUCCUCCUCCACCUCCUCUCCCCCUGGUCGUCAGUCUCAACUGCAUCGAUGACUGUGCCCUGGAGCAGGACUCCUUGGCCGGCGUCGCAACCGUCGAGCACGUCCCACUCAGCCGACUCUCCGACGGCAAGAUCGAGUCCGCCUCCGCCGUCCUCCUCCAUUCCCUCGCCUACCUCCCACGUGCAGCCCAGCGCCGUCUCCGUCCUUACCAGCUCAUCCUCUGCCUCGGCUCCUCCGACCGCGCCGUCGAUUCUGCUCUCGCUGCUGACCUCGGCCUCCGCCUUGUCCACGUUGACACCUCGCGCGCCGAGGAGAUUGCUGACACCGUCAUGGCGCUUUUCCUCGGCUUGCUUCGCCGUACGCAUCUGCUUUCGAGGCACGCGCUCUCGGCUUCUGGAUGGCUUGGCUCGCUCCAGCCCCUUUGCCGUGGUAUGAGACGGUGUCGUGGGUUGGUGUUGGGGAUUAUUGGUAGAUCUGCCUCGGCGAGGGCUUUGGCUACUCGGAGCUUGGCUUUCAAGAUGAGCGUCCUCUAUUUCGAUGUUUUCGAGGAGAAUGGAAAAGUGAGCAGGUCUUCUAUAACCUUUCCUCCUGCUGCCCGAAGAAUGGAUACUCUCAAUGAUUUACUUGCUGCAAGUGACCUUGUUUCACUUCACUGCACACUGACAAACGAAACGAUUCAGAUCAUCAAUGCUGAAUGUUUGCAGCACAUAAAGCCAGGGGCAUUUCUUGUAAAUACAGGUAGCAGUCAAUUGUUGGAUGAUUGUGCUGUCAAGCAGCUUCUAAUUGAUGGAACCUUAGCUGGCUGUGCUCUGGAUGGUGCUGAAGGUCCUCAAUGGAUGGAAGCAUGGGUAAAGGAAAUGCCCAAUGUUUUGAUACUUCCGCACAGUGCAGAUUACAGUGAAGAAGUGUGGAUGGAGAUAAGGGAUAAAGCAAUCUCCAUAUUGCAGACGUUCUUCUUUGAUGGAAUUGUUCCAAAAAGUGCUGUUUCUGAUGAGGAAGAAGAAAUGAGUGAAACAGGUAAUGAAAAUGAGCUGUCUGAUAAACAAGACAGAGAGAGUGCUCAGCAGAGUUCUCUUGGUGAAAGAUUAACCGACGUCAUACAUGUAACUCCAGAAAGCUCCCAUAACAAAGGAGUUACUCAGUCUAAAGAGUCUCUUAUCCAGCCUCAGGGUUCCAGUUUGUCUCAAAGUACUGCCACACGAUCUGAUGGAAGGCGUUCACGAUCUGGUAAGAAGGCCAAAAAGAGGCAUACUCGUCAUAAAUCCCACCAAAAAUCAGAUGAUCCUUCUGCACUGGAAAAGGAGAGUACCUCACAUCGGGAUGAUGAUACUGCUAUGAGUGGAACAGAUCAAGCAUUGAGUUCCAGUUCUCGGUUUGCUUCCCCUGAAGACUCUAGAAGUAGGAAAACAACAAUAGAAUCAAUUCAAGAAUCACCUUCCAGCCAGUUUAUCAAAACAAGCAAGGUGCUUAGAGGAAAGCCAAGUGAGCUGUUGAAAGAUGGUUAUGUUAUCGCUUUAUAUGCAAGAGAUCGCCCUGCUCUUCAUGUCUCUCGGCAAAGAGCUAAGGGCGGUGGUUGGUUCCUAGAUACCGUAUCAAAUGUAACAAAGAGAGAUCCCGCUGCACAGUUUCUUGUAGCUUACAGAAGCAAGGAUACAAUUGGUUUGCGAUCUUUUUCCUCUGGUGGAAAAUUAUUGCAGAUUAAUAGAAGAAUGGAAUUUGUAUUUGCCAGUCACAGCUUUGAUGUUUGGGAAAGUUGGAUGUUGGAAGGGUCUUUAGAGGAAUGUAGGCUGGUUAACUGUAGAAAUCCACUGGCUGUUUUGGAUGUAAGCAUCGAGAUUCUGGCGGCUGCUGGAGAAGAUGAUGGAAUCACUCGCUGGCUUGAUUAGAUUGAGAACAUGGACGUCUAGGAAGCCCAAAAUUUUUAUGGCUUUUUUGGGUCGCUCUUUUGUGGUUUGUAUUACUUCAAAACACUUUAAAAUUUGUAUAUCAUUCUUUUCUUCUUGUUUUUGUCCUUAUCCUUUUAAUAUAUUUUUUUUUUUUUCCCCCUAAUGUUAUCGGUUAUGUAAGAGAUUUGUGUAUGUGGGUAUGCCCUCGAGAUGAAGUGAAUGUGCUCUUAUAAAAGAAAAAGAUUUCCUCUA